CGAUGAAAAUUGUAAUUUCAGGGUAUUCCAGAUCACGACAACAAGAUCUUCAUUAUAGCUGCACUGUUAAGCAGUACCCUUGUUUACAAUGUAAUGACAGCAUUCAACCAGGAUACAGUCGAAAAAUUAACAUUCAUCACAAAUAUGUCUGAAAACUUGAGAGUUUCAGUCGGGGACACUUCGGAUGAUAAUUUCGACUUUGUAAUGCCCGAUUUUGUCUUGUGCAUACGUGAUUUCACGCUUGAUCUUGAGAUAGACGGGAGAGAGAUAACGUCAGAUCAAUAUCUUGAGCAUUGUCUUACAGCGAAAAGUACUGGAAAUAAAGUGUUAGAUGAAAAAUACAACCGACCCAGGCAUUGUAUUAAGAAGUAUUUUACAAAGAGGAAAGCGUUUACAUUUGAUAGACCAGCUAACAAGAAGAUAAUGAAAACACUUGACAAGGCUAAAAAAGAAGAUUUAUCUCCUGACUUUAUUGAGGAGUCGCAAAACUUUCAAAAAUUUAUCUAUGAACGCACGGGAAAGAUGUUGCAAACUAAAAGACCUGUAACCGUUCGCAUGCUAGUAGAGUUAUUGGGCGCCUACAUCAAAGCUAUAAAGGACGGCAAGGUUCCUUGUAUAGAUGAUGCUCUCACCGUUAUGUCAAAAGAAGAAAAUAAAAAACAUGCAAAGGAUGCCAUUGACACGUUCCGUGUUGAUCUUGAAAAACUACAUCUACCAGUUGGGGACAAAACUAAACUUCUGGAAGAAAAGUUUGAAAUUCGAACAUCAGUUCUCAAGAAUUUGACUUCGAAACUUUUGUUUGAUGACGAUCAUUCUGUAGAAAUGUCUGUGCAGAGCGAGAUGGAUAGAAUAUUCAAGGAGUUUGAGACAAAAAACGACAAACUGCUCUACGAGAAAUGUAUGAAGCGAAUAACAGACUUGUACGAAAAGGAAGUAAAAGGAAACAUAGACGGGAAAAUAUACAUGGUAUCUGGCGGGUACGAUAAGUACAAAAAUGAUAUGCUAAGGGUUAAAGAAAUGUAUGAAACAGAGUUAGAUCACGAAAGGAUAGACCGAAUGCAGACAAAUAAGGCAAUGCGUGAUUUCUUAGCACAGCGAUACGCUGAAAGUGAAGCAAUUAUGACCGAAGAUAAAUCCAUUUCAGAAGAUGAGAAAAAUGCUGAAAUGGAAACCCAAAAGAAAAAGCUAGAAGCAGAAUUUAAAGAAACACAAGAGAAAGAGAGUAAACGUUUUGCCGACGAACUAGAAAAACAAAGAAAACAACAUGAUGAUGUAAUAGCCAAAGCACGAAAAGAUCAAGAAGAUAAAGACGAAGCAAACAGAGCACAAUUCCUUGAAGAGAAACUGGCUAAAAGAGACACUGAAAUUCUUGAACUGACCAAAUCUGUUGCAAGACUUGAAGGGCGUGAAGAUGAAAGAAAUAAAAAGCAAUGCUCAGUAUCGUAAAUUCAUUCGCUUAAUGUAGAUUGUAGACUUUAUCUUGAACAUGCUUUUAAGAUUUUCCUUCUAAGUGGUGAAUUUCGAUUUUUGUCAAUUUUUGUGAAAAGUUUUUAAAUGCAUUGUUCUUGUUUAAUGAAAACUAGUGGUUUACCUAUAUAACUUAUCUAGUUAUAUUGCUUAUACCGUAAAGGCAUAUUGCAGGAAGAACUUCAGCAUUUUAAACUUUAUAUUUGCUUGAUUUUUGGUGAAUACGUUAUACAUGUAUUUUUGAACUCAUUAAUUGUUUAUUAUCAAUCCCCCUUUGAAGAAGAGGGGGUUUAUUGUUUUGCUGUCUGUCGAUCGGUCGGUAUGUCUGUCUGUCCGUUGGUAGACCACAUGGUUUUCGCUGAUUAUCUUAAAAACUAUUUAUUACAAAGUUUUCACAUCUCACAUACCGAUUUGUCAUAACAAGUAGAUGACCCUUGUUGAUUUUUGGAUCACUGGGUCAAAGGUCAAGGUCACAAGGGCCUUAAUGUUUGAAUGGUUUCCGCUGAUUGUCUUGAAAACUAUGGAUCAGGCACAAAGUCUUCAUAUUUCACGUACUGAUUGCUAAUAACUAGAAAAUGACCCCUAUUGAUUUUCAAGUCACUAGGUCAAAGGUCAAGGUCACAAGGGUCGUAAAUGUCAAAAUGUUUUUUCCGCUGAUUAUCUUUCACAUAUUGAUUGGUCAUAUUUAAUUGAUAACCACUUUUGAUUUUGGGUUCACUAGAGCAAAGGUCAAGUCAAGGGGGGUGUAAUUGUCAGAAUGGUUUCCGUUGAUUAUCUUGAAAACAAUUUAUAACAAAGUCUUCAUAUUUCACAUGCGGACUGGUCAUAUCUAGUAGAUGACCCCUAUUUUGGGUCAAAAGUCAAGGUCACAGGGGCCUUCAAUGUCUUUAUAGUUUCCGCUCAUUAUCUUGAAAACUAUUUAUCACAAAGUCUUCAUAUUUCACAUACUGAUUGGUCAUAAUUAAUUAAUAACCACUUUUAAUUUUGGGGUCACUAGAGCAAAGGUCAAGUCAGGGGGGGGGGCGUUAUUGUCAGAAUGGUUUCCGUUGAUUAUCUUGAAAACAAUUUAUAACAAAUACUUCAUAUUUCACAUGCGGAUUGGUCAUAUCUAGUAGAUGACCCCUUUUGGGGGUCAAAAUUAAGGUCACAGUGGCCUUCAAUGUCUUCAUGGUUUCCGCUCAUUAUCUUGAAAACUAUUUAUCACAAAGUCUUCAUAUUUCACAUUAUGAUUGGUAAUAAUUUGUUAAUGACCCUUAUUGAUGUUGGGGUCACUAGAUCAAAGGACAACCUCAAAGGGGCCUUAAAUGUCAGACUGGUUUCCGCCCAUUAUCUUGCAAACUGUUUAUCACAAAGUCUUCAUAAUUCACAUACUGAUUGUUCAUAUCUAGAAGAUGACCCCUAUUGCGUUUAAGGUCACAAGGUGAACUGUCAAGGUCACAGGGGCCUUAAUUAUCAGAAAAGUUUCCGCUGAUUAUCAUAAAAUUAUUUAUCACAUAGUCUUCAUAUUUCACAUACUGAUUGGUCAUAAUUAGUAGAUGACUCCUAUAGAUUUUGGCGUUACUAGGUCAAAGGUCAAGACCACAGGAUCCUUAAUAUCACUAUUGUUUCCUCUCAUUAUCUUGAACGCGUUAUUUUCACAAAGUCUUUAUAUGUCACACACUGAUUAUUCAUAUCUAGAAAAUAACCCCUAUUGAUUUUGAGGUCACUAGGUCAAAGGUCAAGGUCACAGGGGCCUUAAAUGUCAGAAUGUUUCCACUCAUUAUCUUGAAAAUUAUUUAUCAUUAAGUUUUGAUAUCUCACAUACUGAUUGGUCAUAACUAGUAGAUGACUCCUUUUAUUUUGAGGUCACAAGGUCACAAGGUUAAGGUUACGGGGGGGGCUUUAAUGUCACUAUGGUUUCUGCUCAAUAUCUUGAAAUUUAUUUAUCACAAAGUAUUUAUAUGUCACGUACUGAUUGGUAAUAACUAGUAGAUGACCCCUAUUGAUUUUGGGGUCAUUAGGCCAAAGGUCAAGGUAACGGGGGCUUAAAAUGUCAGAAUGGUUUCAAUUGAUUAUCUUGAAAACCAUUAAUCACAAAAACUUUUUAUUUCACAUACUGAAUAGAUAUAUGUAGAAGAUGACCACUAUUGACUUUUAGUUCAAAGUCAAGGUCAAGGGCCUUAAAUGUAAGAAUGGUUUCCGCUUAUUACCUUAAACACUUUUUGUCACUUCACAUAUUGAUAUGUCAUAAUGGGGUCAUAAGUUAAAAGGUCAAGGUCUUUAUAUUUCACUAUAUUUUGCAUAUUGAUUGGUUAUAACUAAUAGCAUCUUUUUUCUUUUUUCCAUAACUGAACACUUCCAAGUGCCCAUUUAUGACAAGUUUCUAUAACAAAAUUACAAAUAAUAUGAGUCAAGGGAUAAAAAUGGGGGCAUAUGUGUCGUACAACAUUUCUUGUGUACAAAUUCAAUCAGUGCUUUCGUUAUACUAAAUAAGAAUAAAAAUACAUAACAUAACAAUUUAGAGCUUUUAUCUAAGACAUCAAUAAAACCUUGUUUUUAUUUGCCUUAUAUUUGUUGAAUAGUAUGGAAACAGAGAAUGGCUGUCCAAAUGUUUUGCAUAUAAGAUCCAUUAUAAAAAAUUAUAAAGUACAAUUCGCAUAUUUUAGAAAACAAACAUUCAGUAUUGAAAUAUGUUACCACACGCCAAAUUUUACGCAGAAUCCGUCAUUACUAUAAUUUUAGCUUUAUUUUUUUUUUUUUUUUUUUUGAAAAUAGCCAUUUUACAUUUAACCAAACGGCGAACGUCAACAUGUUGACAGGUUUCGCCGUGUUUGUUUUUUCUUGUUUCUUUUUUUCAACGUCUAAUUGAUAAUCAUGACGAUUGAAAUUGUUUUCUGGUGUGUUCAUUCCUUUAUUUAUAUGCUCUGACAUAUGAUUUACUUAACCGGAUGCAAAGCAAAAUUAUAAGCGAAAAGGCGUAAAUUGGUUCACGAUCAACACAAUAUGAUAAAAUUAUGCGUGUUUCUUAAAACUUCAUCAAAUGAGACGAUUAUAAUGAAAAAGGAGAACAGUUAAGUACGUUGUGAAUGUGUUUACGGUUUGCAAAUAGCACAAGCAUAUUUUUCUUUCUAAUUGGAUGGGCAUUUUACUUGCGAAAAGACAAACUUUAAUUCACAGCGGCAUUGCGACUUCAGUUAAAUAAAAACUAAAAUUUGUCAGAAAGUGUGUUUCGUAUCAGACAAAUUAGGGCUUACAAUUUACAGUUGUGUAACACAGAAAAUUGACAAACAUAUGAAUGAAAACAAUUCCGACGCUCUUGGUGUCUCAGGUAUUGAUCAAAAACGAAAUGCCCAAAUGUCGAGCGGAAUCUAUGAAAUCACGUUGACUUUGAAAUGACCUCUUGACUUACGCCGCUACCGCUACCGCAUAGUUAAAAAUGUCAGUAUUCUGAUCGGAUAAAAUGUACGGAACUUUGCAUAUUAGGCUCUGUACUGUGGAUUGACUGCUUUUUAUCUUUAUUUUCUUAAAAAAACUACCGGACAUUUAAAUUACAGAAAUUUGAGAAAUUCAGCUGGCUGAGGGUUUAGAUCAACAAAUGUUAUGUCACUGAUAUUCUCCUUUAUUGUCAGACACAUUAAAAUUUUAUCACUAUGUACGCAUUUGACGAAUACGAACUAUUCAAAUAAUUUGUCUUAAAAGGUGACACAUCUGAUCCGUGUUUCAGACAAAAUAAGAAUAUCAAUUUUUUCUUUGAGUAAUUUAUGACAAAACGUAACUGAACUUUCUAACAUACUACAAUUGUGUAAAUAUGAUGUACGCAACUUAUUGUAAAAGGUUAUAGACAAUAAAAUAUUUAGCACAAAGGAA